AUGUACUCUCUUCAAACAAUUUCCUACACCGGGGCUCUUGCCUCCAUAGCUCUGGCAUACCCUACAAUCCACCAACGAGACUCAACAAACAAGCUCACUGUAUACUGGGGUGCAGAAGAUGCCACCACCACUCUUUCCGAUGUUUGUUCCGACGAUUCUUACCAAAUUGUGAAUCUCGCGUUUGUUAGCUACUUUAAUGGUGACGGUGGUUAUCCCACCUUGAGUCUGAGUACUCUGGAUGGUCCCUCGCAAGCACAACAGGAUGCCGGCGCAACCUCUUUGCAAGAUGGUUCGUCUCUCGUUGAUGCUAUCCAGGCAUGCCAGUCUUCUGAAAAAUUGGUUAUUAUGAGUUUAGGUGGAGAUGUCGGUUACUCCGAUGUCACUUUCUCUGGAGAUGAUCAGGCAAAUGAAGUUGCCGAUAUGCUGUGGAGUUUGUUUGGUGGUGGUACGGAUGAGAGUAUCAAUCCGCUACGACCAUUUGGAGAUGUGAAACUUGAUGGAUUUGAUAUUGACAACGAGUCUGGAGACCCUACUGGUUACAGCACCUUCGUUUCCCGACUACGAUCUAACUUUGCUCAAGACUCGAGCAAGACUUAUUACCUUACAGCAGCCCCUCAGUGCGUCUAUCCGGAUAAAUCAAUCCCUCUAGAUGUCUGCCAACAACUCGAUUAUGUCUGGGUACAGUUCUAUAACAACGGUGAUUGUGAUGUUGCACAAUCUGGGUUCAUCGACGCCGUCCAAAACUGGAGUGAGGGAAUUGGUGAUGCCAAACUUUUCAUUGGAGCUAUCGCCAGUGAUGCCAAUGGUGACGAGGGAUAUCUUGACUCGGAUACCUUUGCUUCAGCCUUGCAGCAAGUUGGAGAUUUAGGAUUGUCUAACUUUGGUGGUGCUAUGUUGUGGGAGGCACAGCUCGCGGUGAACAAUAACAAUUAUCACUGGGAUAUUGUGACAGCAUUGCUAGGACAUAGCGAGGUUUUGAAUUAG